GUUGUUGCUGUGGUAGCAAAAAUUUUUAAAUUUCGAUAAAAAUUGUUUAUUUUAUGAAUUUCACCCUUCCAAUAUAUAUCGAGGAUGUAGUGUAAGGAAGCCUUGCAUACGCACUCUAUUGGACGAAAUGACAAACAGGUGCAUGCAUCAAAGUGAUCUGUACGUUUAGAUGAUUUCACGAAUUACUGUAUAAGCUGACACCUAAAACGUUCCUAACAAGAUGUCAAAUACAGAAUUGAAUAAUCCUGUUCGACUUGUUCCCAGCGGAAAGGUCUACAGACAAAUAUUUGAUGCUCAGGUUCAACUUGUUAAAACAUUAGAAGAAUCGAAAGAUGUACGGAGAAGCAAGAGCAAUGUAAUUCCAUCAAAAACUCCCCUCGUGAAUACUGGGAGGUCAGAAACAGGAGCAGGCCUUCUAACCAGUCGUCAACAAACAUGGGCUGAAAGUUUCCCAAAUGAAUCGAACCCAGAGAACCCUGUGGUUCACAAGCAACUACAACAAAUGGUUGCGCAUGAAAUGAAGCAGCCAACUAGAAAUGUCGCAAGUAGGGAGGUCCGUGGUCUCCCUGAUGUAGUUGCUCCAGCUAAGACUGGGUCUGAUAUCAUAGAGAGAAUUGCAGAAAGCAGAAAAGAAAGACAUGAGGCCGCAGUGGAAGAUAUGCACCAGGAACUGAACAUAAUAAGCUCAGAAUUGGAGCCUCGUAUUGCUGAAGCAGGGGAUGAACUGAUAGGGCACAUCACACAGAAUGACAAGCUCCUUGAGGGCUUUCUCUCAAAAAUAGAUGCCGAUGAGGAUAUCGUGUGGUACAAUAUGUCUGAGUUGGAAGAACUAUGGGAGUGUGUGCAAAAAGAGUCUUCAAUUAGACAGAGUUGGAUAGAACACAUGGAUGAACAGCUACAGCAGAUAGAGGAAGAUAGAAUGGACCUGGUGAAAGAGGUGUUCCAGUCAUAUGCAGAUACUUUAGAGAAGAUUGCUCAUCUAAUGCCCCCUCACCUUCAUAAACUACUUGAUAAAGAUUCACAGUUGAUUAACCAGGCAGUGCUGAGUAACCGCAGGGCCUACAGCGAUCUGUACGCCAGACUAAUGAUGGCUGAUAUUGAGAGGGAAAAGGUACAACAUACGCGAUGGAAGAAACGUGUGGAAGACUGGAAAAAUAUACACAUUGAUAUGGCAGUAGCUGAAUACAUAGCCUAUAUGGAGAGUGAAGAUGUUACAAGUCCUGGGGAAGUUAACCUUAUCCUUAAGGAGAUGAAGGAGCAGCAGGAGCAGAUCAAUGUACAGAGGCUGGACCUCAUUAAAUCACUCAGGGAUAUGAGACCUCCUGGCUCUACUAAAACAUCAGUAUACCAGUGGAAUCAGCAACUGACUGCUAUAAGUAAACAACUUGAUCAACUGGGCCAAACCUUUCUUAAUAAGCUCUAUGGGAGUUAUGAGGAAGUCUGCCAGGCAUGUUUAGCUAAACUUGAAGAAGUCAAGACUGAUCUAAUACACAGAGAGGUGUGUACAUUUGGCAAGGCUACAUACAUCAUCACAGAAAAAUGUCUACCGCUCGUUGGAAAUCAGCAGAAAAUAUUCGAAGAUAGCCUAGAAACCAUGGAUCAACAACUAGAAGAACACACAAAUAAGAUCGUCAAUGAGUUAAAGUCACUUUUCAAAUAUAGCCAGGGGGCAGCACAUGUCUGGGAUGUCCAUGAGAUUGGGCUCGCAAAGCAAGAGCGCCAUCUACAGGAAAAACUGGAAAAUGCUCGCAGGUUGCACGAUAAUCAUAAUCAGGAUAAGGAAGCCAACUUGGACAUAAUAAUGGACAGAAUGCGUCAAGAUGGAAGUCAGGACACUCUUCAAUACAGUCUCAACAAAGCUUUAGACAUGCUCAAUAAAAUCAAACUAGGAUAUGAAGACUUCCACAGUCAACAGCUUGAGAUAGUUGACUCCUAUGUAGGAAUGGUGAAUGAUGAAGUCUCCCUAUAUGACAAGGCAGUCUGUAGGUUCUUCAGUGUGGAUAGGCAACAUCCAGAUGAAGCUGCAGUAGCCGCUAAGAUUGAGGAGUUAAAGCUAGAACAAGAAAAAGAUUUGACUCCCAUUUCACCAAGGGUGCUGAAAGCAAGGCGUAAGAAAGGCAAGGGAAGACCUGGCUCUAGAGCUAGUAGUGCAGCUUCUUCUACAUCAGGUGCUACAACUCCUGUUCCAAUGGCAGUGAGUGAGGUUCUAUCUACAGCCAAGGGGACAACAUUCUACGUCUUAACAGUAGCCGGGGAACACGGAGUAUCCAGCCCAGCCCCCGGGGACAGGCCUGGGUCAACGUCAGCAUUCCUCACCCAGGGGGAGGAACCGACAGAAUCUCUACCCCCAUAUCUUUCUAGUAUUGAUGUUCCAAAGAGCCUUAUUAUGGAAAUAAAAAAUGCGAUCCGUCUAAACUUCCUUGACCAUGUGGAAGAAUGGCAUGAACAGGCGGUUGACAGGUCCAAAAGUGUAGUCGCUGCAAAGACUGAAGAACUGACAAGUGAGUUGGAUCUGAGGUUACAUUUACACCAGCCGCGGCCCAGGAGAGCAGAGAUGGAUGUACACAAUGUUAGAGCAGCUGAGUUAGUAAUGCACAGUGAGAGAGUGUCUCGGCAUUGUAAAGGAAUCAUCCAAAGUCUCAAUGAUCUCAAGCACACAUUCAAUAAUAUGAAUCAUGACCACAAUAAGCUAGCAAGCAAGUUUAAACAUGAUAUUGAACAGCUGGAGGUGAUCUUCAUCAAUGCCACAAAGUCAUCAAAGUUGGUAGAACUCCAGAACCAGAUCCAAGUUGAAUUGGAGGAAUAUAUGAGUGUCAUUCGUGCCUCUUUGAGAGACUUCCGACAACAUCUGGAUUCAACGCUACAGAUGUUACGAGGAUCUAAUGCUAAAUUCAUCAAAUCAUUCAAGGUUUUCUCAGAUGGUGGAAACUUCUGUCCCGAAGAGAUUGAAGAAUAUAGAAAACGCCUGGAGAAAAUGUCAAACAAGAUUGAUUCAUCAGAGGGCUUUAUUAUGGCUGACCUUGAGGGCAUGGAAGCAAAGCGGCUCGACCAUGCAACAAAGGUUGCUGCUGAAUUUGAAGACAGGUUCAAGAGCCAUAUGUUCGACCUGAUCUUCAUGGAAAAAAUUGCAAGAUGGCUGACAAACACGCAAGUGAAGAUAAAGGCGGAAGUGGCGGAGAGUAACUCGCAAGCGCAGGCUCGUGUGCAGAACCUGAGGGACCUGGAACGGAGGAUUGACGCCUGUGAGAGACCUAAUCUGGAUAAAGAGCAAAUUAGUGUACAAGAGCUGAGUGACAGUUUACAGUAUGUAUUUGAUGCAUUCAAUGCUCGCAGCGUCUACCUCAACUCAACCAAAGCGGAGCUGUCUAGACCUUCUUCAGCCAAUCUUGUUGGUCGUAAAGAGGUGAUGUUCAACAGCGAAGUAACUGCCGUGAGCAGACCAGGAAAACAACCAACUGAGGACCCCUCUGUUGGCGUCAUCAAAUCUAUACUCAAGAGCCAAAAACUCAAAACUGCUGGACCUGAUGCAGACAAUAUAGAGGGCAGCGCUCAACAAGGUACGAUAACAACUAUUGAACCCGUUCGGGAAUCUAGGGACAGAAUCCAAUCAAGAGUCUCCAGACAAUCUCGAAUGACCAAUGACAGCAAGUCGCUGAAUAACAAAUCUACAAAAAGUCUUAAAAGCGCUGUUGCGACUCCAUCUUCAGAAGCUAAGAGACAGCCCUCAGCGCCUAUCCCGCAGACUAUUUCAAAUAUUGUAGUGACACGACGAAUCAUCAGUAAGGGGAACAAACAUGAACGCAAACAGCUUCCAUUUCCCGCAGAGGCAGCAGAGGGCGAUGAGCUUCACUUCCUGGGUCAUAUACAGCAGAUCUUGCGUGAGGCUCAGGAUGGUCUCCUAGCAACAGCAGAGUUAUACUAUCGUCAGAAAGGCAGUAGGGCUGUGACGCGACCCCAGGCACUACAAGAAACAUUUGAACAAUGUGCUGAUACAGUCAUCACUAAGCUAGAAUCUUACUACAAACAGACAGAUGAAUAUCAUAAUGAUUGCUUGCAAGAGUUCCGUAGUCAGCUUGUCCAGUUAGAACAGCUAGUGGCUCAUGUUCCACAACUCGUCAUCAAAGAAGCCCUAAAACAAAAGCUCACCAGUGCAAGUGAAGGACAAGAGACACUUGCUAAACAGUUCAAGAAGAAAUCUAAGAAACUUUAUUCAAAGAAGGUUGAGCAUGAAAACAUCCUGCGACCCUCCUUGGGCCAUCCCCAUGCUGCAGAUGAACUGGCAGAACUCUGUAAUAGUGAGGAGGAAAGGAGAAAGCAAUACCUUAAAAACCUUGAUGAACAUACAAAACUCCUACAGCACACUGCUGAGGUACAUGGUAAAGAGUUUGUUGAAACUUUGGCUGAUAUCACAGAAAGCUUAUUGCUGCAGUACGAUGGUUUACUAACAGUGGACAAUGUUAAGAGGGGAAGAGUGGAACCUACAAAGUUCCCAACUGCAGAGUUGAUAAGACGCAAGGCAGCAGGUCAACCAUUGGAGGAUGAUAUAUCCAAACAGAAACUUUGUGAUAGAGGACCAGGAACGUGGCCAGGGUUUGUUUGUAAUGAGUUGGUAGCUGGUGGGUUGAAAGGACAAGAAAAAUUAACUGAAACUUUGGAGACUAAUUCCCGCACAUUGGGCCAUAUAGCUGUCAUAGAAGCAAGAGACCAAGCCUACCAGGAAUACAAGGAAAACUUUGAACAAACAUUGAAUGACAUUUCAACUGAACAAGAGAAACUGAUCGUUGCAGAGGAUAGAUGGAAGGAUAACUGGCAAACAUCUGUUGAGAAAGUCAAACAACUUUACUAAAAUAUCCCUUAAUGUAAUCAAACAAACAUUCCACCUUUUAUACAUGUUUGGUUCAAUUAUAUGACCUGUACAAUAUUGUUAUAUUUUAUGUGUGCAAUGUGCUCAUGGGUCAUGCAUAUGUCAUUAUUUCUAUAAACUAAUAUGUUAUCAUCGAUGAAACUAUAGAUAUCUGCUGCUGCUGAUGGUGUUCAAGUGUUUUCUUUGUCAGAAAUGAUUUAAGAAAUAAUAUUGUGAUAUUAACUACUAGUAUAUCUAAUAUUU